GAGACUCACAGCAGCCGUGGCCGAGCUGCGGAGGAUAACACGGGAUUGGGAAUUUAACGCGACUCUUUCCGGCUGACUUUAUGAGAACCCCCCCAUCGCCUUCGGAGCCCUUGUUUUUCUGUGAACUUAACAAAGGAUGUAUUUCUACUAAAAGAAAGAACCAACUUGAAACGCUGGAAACUUUCCCACCGAAAUGGAAGGGAAUAUUCCAUGGAUUAUUCUGUCAUUUUUAUUUUUCCUGCAUAUUUGUGAUGGGUUCCGUUGCGUGGACAGACCUUGUGAAAACGGAGGGACAUGCAUAGAUUCAUCUGCUCGAUGCAUAUGUCGUCCCGGCUUCAUCGGUCCUGUCUGUCAGCACCUGGAUCCCUGCCAUCGAUCACAAUGUCUGAAUGGAGCCGCUUGCAAGAGCCAGGUGGUGAAUGGUCUCCCACAAUACUCCUGUGUGUGCCAGAGAGGGUUCAGAGGCCAAGACUGCGGGAACAUUGAUGCCUGUGCCACCAGCCCCUGUGCCAACGGGGCCCGUUGUGCCAACUGGAAUAACCACUACAACUGUUCCUGCCCACCUGGCUUCCAGGGAAAGAACUGCCGCAAUGACAUUGAUGAGUGCCGCAAGCCUGGCGUGUGCCUCAACAGGGGUCUCUGCAUUAAUACCCAAGGGUCCUUCCGCUGUCAGUGCCAACCUGGAUACAGCGGGCGCACGUGUGAGGUGUCCACCCUGCCCUGUGCCCCAUCUCAAUGCCUUAAUGGAGGCACCUGUCGACAGACCAGUGAGCAUUCUUAUGAGUGUGCUUGCCUACCAGGGUUUGAGGGACACAACUGUGAGAAUAAUGUGGAUGACUGUCCACAACACAAGUGUAUGAAUGGAGGGAUAUGUGUGGACGGAGUCAAUACCUACAAUUGCCAGUGCCUACCAGAAUGGACAGGGCAAUACUGUGCGGAGGACGUCAACGAGUGUCUCAUGCAACCAAACGCCUGUCACAACGGGGGCACAUGCUUCAACACCAUCGGUGGCCAUACCUGUGUCUGCGUUAACGGUUGGACUGGAGACGACUGCAGCGAGAACAUCGACGACUGCGCCAACGCCGUCUGCUUCAACGGCGCCACCUGCCACGACCGUGUGGCUUCCUUCUUCUGCGAGUGCCCAGUUGGAAAGACAGGUUUGCUGUGCCAUCUUGAUGAUGCAUGUGUGAGCAACCCCUGCAAUGAGGGGGCAGUGUGUGACACAAACCCGCUGAACGGCCGUGCCAUCUGCACCUGUCCUGCUGGUUUCGUAGGUGGGGCCUGCAACCAGGACAUGGAUGAGUGUUCCAUCGGUGCCAACCCGUGUGAGCACUUUGGUAAAUGUGUGAACACUGAGGGCUCCUUCCAGUGUCAGUGCGGUCGGGGAUAUGCUGGUCCCCGAUGUGAGAUCGACAUCAACGAAUGCCUGUCCAUGCCCUGUCAGAACGACGCCACCUGCCUGGACCGGAUCGGAGAGUUCACCUGUAUUUGUAUGCCAGGCUACAUGGGGACUUACUGCGAGGUUGACGUGGACGACUGUGAGAGCAACCCGUGUGUGAAUGAUGGCAUCUGUCGGGACAUGGUCAACGGCUUCACCUGCACCUGCCAGCCAGGGUUUACUGGCACCAUGUGUCAGAUCGACAUAGACGAGUGCGCCAGCACACCCUGCCAGAAUGGAGCAAAAUGCUACGACCGGCCCAAUGGAUUUGAGUGCCGCUGUGCUGAAGGUUAUGAAGGAACACUCUGUAAGAGUAAUAUUAAUAACUGCCAGCCCGACCCAUGCCACCAUGGUACAUGCGUAGAUGGCAUUGCCAGCUACAGCUGUAACUGCGAUGCUGGCUACACAGGCUAUCGCUGUGAGAACCAGCUCAAUGAAUGCCAUAGCAACCCUUGUCAGAACGGAGGCAAGUGUGUCGACCUGGUCAACAAGUACAUCUGCCAGUGCCAACAUGGAACCUCAGGCACAAACUGCGAGAUAAACUUUGAUGAUUGUUCCAGUAACCCAUGUGACUAUGGCAUCUGCAAAGAUGGCAUCAACCGCUAUGACUGUGUUUGCAAACCUGGCUUCACUGGUCCCAAGUGUAAUGUGGAGAUAGAUGAGUGUGCCUCCGGCCCCUGUCGGAAUGGGGGGACAUGUGUGGAUGAGGAGAAUGGAUUUCACUGCCAGUGUCCUGCUGGCUUUAAGCCCCCUUACUGUUACUCCCAGGUGGACGAGUGUGGCAGCAGCCCAUGCGUCCAUGGCUCUUGCAGGGAUGACAUCAACGGUUACCGCUGUGACUGUGAGCCGGGAUGGGUGGGAAAGAACUGUGACCUGGACCGAAACGACUGUUUGCCAAGUCCCUGCCAGAAUGCUGGCACAUGCAUCGACCAGCUCAAUGGCUUCACCUGCAAGUGCCGUCAAGGCUUCAGAGGUAACCUCUGCCAGGUGAACAUCAACGAGUGUUCUUCCAGUCCCUGUCUUAACAAGGGCACUUGUGUGGAUGGGACGGCAAGUUUCACCUGUCUGUGUGAGCUUCCUUACAGUGGACCCACUUGUGCUGAGGUCCUCACCCCUUGUUCCCCUAACCCCUGUGACAAUCAUGCUGUCUGCAUCAACACCGCAGACUACAUGGGAUAUCAAUGCAACUGCCUGUCAGGAUGGCAAGGUCAGUUGUGUAAUUUAGAUGUGAACGAAUGCAUCUCGAACCCCUGCAAGAACCGUGGGACUUGCAGUAACACAGUUGGAGGCUUUGUGUGCUCCUGCAGAGCUGGGUAUACAGGGCUAACCUGUGAGACGGACAUCAACGACUGUGAUCCUCAUCCAUGCCUCAAUGGGGGUUCCUGCACCGAUGGUAUGAACUCCUUCCACUGCAGCUGUCUGCCAGGCUUCACUGGACCCCGUUGUGCUUUGGAAACCGAUGAAUGCCAGAGUUCCCCCUGCAAAAAUGUAGGCACAUGCACAGACUAUGUUAACUCCUACACCUGCACCUGCAGGCCUGGCUUUACUGGCAUCUUCUGCGAAACCAACAUCCCUGAUUGUACUGAAAGCUCUUGCUUCAAUGGAGGGACAUGCACGGAUAAAAUCAACGGCUAUCUCUGCACCUGCCGCUCAGGUUUCACCGGCUCCCACUGUCAAUAUGAGGUCAAUGAGUGUGACUCCCAGCCAUGUCUAAACGGAGGCGUCUGUCAAGAUGCUCUGGAGUCCUUCCGUUGCUCCUGCCCUAAGGGCUACACUGGCAACCGCUGCCAGACUCCAGUCGACUGGUGCAGACGCUCAUCUCCCUGCCAAAAUGGAGGACGCUGUCGCCAAAAGGAUGCUUCCUUCAUCUGUGAGUGUGCUAAUGGGUGGUCCGGACGCUACUGUGACAUCUCUAGGGUAUCCUGUGAGACAGCUGCUCGCCAAAGAGGGCUCCAGACAGAUGAGCUAUGUCACCAUGGUGGUCACUGUGUCAACACUGGGAAUACACACUAUUGUAAAUGUCCUGCUGACUACACUGGAAGCUACUGCAAAAGCCAAGUGGACCACUGUGAAGACAAACCCUGCCGCAAUGGCGCCACCUGCAGAGGAUAUGUUGGCGGGUACCAGUGUGAUUGUAUGCCGGGAUUUAAUGGUCAGAACUGCGAGAUAGAGAUCAACGAGUGCCAGUCGCAUCCUUGCCAGAACGGAGGCACUUGCAUUGAUCUGGUGGGACAUUACAUCUGCUCCUGCCCCCCCGGCACACUGGGGGUUCUCUGUGAGAUCAAUGAAGAUGACUGUGCUCCACCUCUGAGGCUGCGUGGGGCUCCUCCUAAGUGCCUGAACAACGGCACCUGUGUGGAUCGAGUGGGCGGAUACCGCUGCAACUGUCCUCCUGGAUUCACCGGAGAAAGAUGCGAGGGAGACAUCAACGAGUGUCUCUCUAACCCCUGCACUCCCUCCAGCAGUCUGGACUGCAUCCAGCUGCCCAAUGACUACCAGUGUAUCUGCAAGCCUGGCUUCACAGGUCGGAGGUGCCAGAGCAGGUUCAGUGCGUGCGAAUCUCAUCCUUGUCAGAACGGAGGAGCCUGUUCUUUAUCAAGCAGCUCUGCAAUGGGAUACAUCUGCACGUGUCAGCUCGGUUAUACCGGGAUCGACUGCGACAGAAGCAUGUCUUGUCGGGAACUGUCCUGCUACAAUGGAGGUAGCUGUGCAGCUACCCCAAGGGGGGCACGCUGCUCCUGCCCACCAGGUUACGGCGGGACCCAGUGUCAGCAUCGUAGUAAGGACGGAUGCUCCUCCCAGCCCUGUCGGAAUGGAGGCAUGUGCACUGAAGAGGUCAGCUUCCCCUUCUUUCACUGCCAGUGUCUCGGCGGCUGGACAGGUAAACGCUGCGAGCAGACCAACAGAGCGCCUGAAGCCCCAGCAGUCCAGUGCCCUCGAGCAGACUGUCAAGGCAAAGCCAAUGAUGGUGUUUGUGACAAGGAGUGCAACACAUUCCCUUGCCACUGGGAUGGUGGCGACUGUUCACUGGCAGCACAGCCCUGGGGUAGCUGCACAGACCCUCGCUGCUGGCGUGUCUUCAACAACAGCCAGUGUGAUGAAUCCUGCAAAACCGCAGAGUGUCUGUACGACAACUUCGACUGCAAACCCAAGGAGAAAGUCUGCAACCCAAUAUAUGAAACCUACUGCCUCGACCACUAUGCCAAUGGUCGUUGUGACCAGGGCUGCAACUCAGAGGAAUGCGGCUGGGAUGGCUUGGAUUGUGCAGCGAAUGUUCCUGAAGACCUCGCUGAUGGAGUCUUAGUUUUGGUAGUCCUGAUGCCUCCAGAGGUGCUCCUCCGCCAAAGCAGAGCUUUUCUGCAGAAAUUAAGCGCCAUCCUACACACUACGCUGCGUUUCCGGCUCGACCACAAUGGAGAAGCCAUGAUCCGCCCCUACACCCGCCAAGAGGCACGGCUCAAGAGGGAGUUAGCGCCUCAUCAUGAGGUCAUCGGCUCCAAAGUGUACUUGGAAAUGGACAACCGUCUAUGCGUUCAGGAUUCUGGGGAAUGUUUCACCACAGCCGACGGUGCUGCAAAGUACCUGGGAGCCCUCUCCGCUGUAGAAAUGCUCCGCUUCCCUUAUCCCAUCAAAGAAGCGCGUGGUGAAGCACCAUUUAAUCCUGAAAGUAUACCUCAAUGGGCCAAGCUGAUGCUGGUGGGAAUAGCUUCUCUUUUCCUGUUAGUCAUCCUUGUGAUCGGCAUGUUGAUUGCUCGUAGGAAGAGGGAACACAGCACCCUUUGGUUCCCCGAGGGCUUCUUCCUCAAAAAGGAACCCAGCAGCAACAAGAACCGCAGGGAACCUGUUGGCCAGGAUGCUCUGGGAAUGAAAAAUAUGCCAAAAACUGUGGAGGAAUCUCUCCUUGGAGAUCACAGCGACCAGUGGAUGGACUCAGACUGCCCAGAGCCAAAAAGGAUCAAGGUUGAGGAGCCGAGCAUGCUCUCAGACAGUGAAGAUGCAGUGGACAGCAGACAGUGGACUCAGCAUCACCUUGCAGCUGCAGACAUUCGUGUUCCUCCCACCAUGGCCCUCACCCCACCUCAAGGAGAGUUUGAAAGCGACUGCAUGGACGUUAACGUCAGAGGACCAGAUGGUUUUACACCUCUGAUGCUGGCUUCCUUCUGCGGAGGCGGCUUGGAGCCUGAGAUUACCGAGGAAGAGGAGAGUGAGGAGUGUUCAGCCAACAUAAUUUCUGACCUAAUCUACCAGGGCGCAUCCCUUGCUGCCCAAACAGACCGGACUGGUGAGACAGCGCUCCACCUGGCUGCACGUUACGCUCGUGCUGAUGCAGCAAAGCGACUCCUGGACGCCGGGGCAGACGCAAACGCUCAGGACAACACAGGACGUUCCCCACUACAUGCUGCAGUGGCUGCAGAUGCACAGGGCGUCUUCCAGAUUCUGAUCCGAAACCGGUCUACGGAUCUGGACUCCCGUAUGUAUGAUGGCUCCAGUGCACUGAUCCUGGCUGCACGGCUGGCAGUAGAGGGCAUGGUGGAGGAACUCAUCACUUGUCAUGCUGAUGUCAAUGCCGUCGAUGAAUUGGGUAAAUCUGCUUUACACUGGGCUGCUGCGGUGAAUAAUUUGGAAGCCACUGUUGCCCUGCUGAAGAACGGUGCAAACAAAGAUAUGCAAGAUCUCAAGGAGGAGACCCCUCUGUUCCUUGCAGCUCGUGAGGGCAGCUGUGAGGCUGUGAAAAUGCUUCUCGCUCACUUUGCAAACAGAGAGAUCACAGAUCAUAUGGACAGAUUGCCAAGGGACAUUGCUCAGGAGCGCAUGCACCACGACAUUGUUCAGCUUCUCGAUGAGUACAAUACAGUCAGAAGUCCCCAGAGCCAUGGAGGACACCACCUUGCCGGGGGACACACCCUGUCUCCUCUCAUGUGCCCUCCUAGUGUCUUCAUGCCGAAUCUGAAGAACACCCCACAGGGCAAGAAGAAUCGUCGGCCUGGAGCCAAGGGUUCGAGCCUGGGAGGCCAACAUGCUGCCAGUCUGAAGGAGUCGGUAAAGGCUCGCAAUAAGAAGCUGACCUUGGACAUGCAGAGUGCCUUACUAGAGAGCUCAGUGACCCUGUCCCCAGUGGACUCACUGGACUCACCCCACGGUGGAACUAGCAACGCUGGCUACAUCACCAACCCCACUUCUCCUGUGGCCAUGCAGUCACCAGGCCUCUACCACUCCUCCAUGUCAGUUCCAAACACUCCGAUGGUACACAGUAGCAUGUUGGAGGGAAGUGGCCCUUUUGCAGUGUCUCUAGCACAGCUCAACGACCUGGGAGCUGGAGGAAUGUCCUUGCAGGGACGCAUCGCCAUGGCCUCUGAUGUCAACCAUGGCUAUGUGCUGAGUUCAGGCCAGUUGGGCAUCAACAUGGGCAUGGUCAGUCCCGUCAGUGUGCCCUUUGACUGGCACAGCCGGAUGAACCCCUCGUCCCAGUGUGGUCAGCAAGUGGUGAAUCUCGUGCACAGUGGCCAGGGAGGCAUGCACCCACAGAGCCCAGCCAUGCAGCAGCAGAAUAUGCUGAUGCACCAACAGCAGAUUUUCCGUAAUUCAAUGCUGCAGCCGACGCCUGUGACCUCCACACCCACCAUCAGCCCAGUCAAGCUGCCCUCCAUCGCUGAGCAGCAGCAGCAGCAACAGCAGCAGCAGCAGCAGCUCCUCAACCACACCAUCAACAACCAGCACCGCAUGGGCACCUCCACCCCACCCACACCCCAGACCUCCCAGCCUCCGCCAUCUUUCUUUCAACAGCAGCAGAUGCCUCAGCAAUCUUCUCAGCCCCAGCCUCCUCCUCAGCCUUUAAAGGCAGCCACGCCAGUAGCUCCGCCCCCUCAGGCUCUGCCCUCCCAACCUAGCAGCAGCACUGCAGGAACGGAGGACUACCCCACCCCUCCCUCCCAGCACAGCUAUUCCUCCACACUGGAUGCCACGCCCAAGCAUUACCUCCGUUUGCCCAGCGAGCACCCAUACCUGACCCCCUCUCCAGAGUCUCCCGAGCCCUGGUCCAGCCCCUCUCCUCACUGCGUCUCCGAUUGGUCAGAUUCCACACCCAGUCCAGCAGUUGCUGGCCCCGCCCAGACCCAAAUUACUCAAAUCCCAGAGGCCAAUGGCAAGAUGCAGGUGUUUGCAUGAAAGCCCAUUCGCCUCUGAUUGAAAAGGGACCUGAGGUAAAUGAAUUUGACGACUGGCUCUUGGGCCUGUCUUUGUUUAAUGUGUCAGCCAGUUUCCAAGAUUUUCAUUGGAUUUGGAUUGACUGUGUAUCACGAGGACCGUCUGCUAGUGAUUUUUGCAGAGAAAAAAAAGUAAAGGGAAAUGUGUGUUGUCUGCAAAAAACAGCAGACAAUUUAAUGAAGUAAUUCUGUCACAGAUGGACUUGUUUUUUAUUAUAAAAAAAAAAGUAUAUGAAGAAAAACCAAGUCUUUCAUUUCAAAGACUUAGGGAUGCUCUCCUGAAAACUAACAAACAUUUAAAAAGUAGAUAAGAGAAAAAAAGUAAAAUGUUGAAGGGAAUUCUUUUAUUUUUAUUUAUUGUUUUUAUCUCUCUGAACAGAUUAUUUUCUUUAGGUUUUUAUCACCCUCUUUCUGUCCUGUGCCACUCACUCAUGUUAUAUACAGACCGCCUACAUUUCUAUUAGCCAGUGUGGCAGGUUCAUUAUUUAGACCAGUUAACAGACAGAGAGAGGAAUGUUCACCUCUUGACUUAUAUUUAUUCAGGCCAACAACAGCUGGUAAAGAUGAUAAACUGGUACUUGCAAAUAUAUAUUGAGAGAUGCCCAGCAGUAGUAAUGUGUUCUGAUUUGAUUGAUUUGUGAUUAUUUUCCAUAUGAGUAUUAUGAAUAAGAAUGUAGAUGAGUGUUUCUGAAGCACUUCAAGUGAACAGCUUCGUAGGGCACGUGUGGGUAAAAUUCAACAUUUAACUUCAAUGGAUAUUUAUAAUGCAUGGGCAGCUUUUAAUUUAUGGUAAUUUUACUUCACUCUCAAACUAAAAGAGCAGAGUAAAAUUGCAGGUUUAAUGCUCCCAUUUCAACUGUAGCUUCUCACUGACUUUACCGUUGGGUUUGCCGCAGUAGUCAGUGUGACUGGUGUUUCGGCAUCUACCGAUUACAGAACUUGCCCAGCGUCCCCAUCGUCUGUCUCAUUUUUUUAUAGACAUGAAACCUUUUUUUUUUUUAUCAGUGGUAGUGUCCAAAUUCAUCAAAUAAAUAAAAUCUCUAAUUUGUAACAUACUAGUUACUAAUAGUUUGACGCUGCAGUUAAAAACUGAAACCUUCUGCUCCGUGCAGCAGCAGAGUCACAGAGUCUUGAGAGAGUGACAGUGAAAUCUAAUGUUACAGAGCUCAGUGAGCGCCCUACGGAUCCUGAGCCAACACGUGUUGUCACAAGAUGAUUACCCAGUUGCCACACCAUGGCAUCCCCACUUUGUAGUACUCCUGCCUUCAGUUUUUAAGCUUCAUUUCAUUCACUUGAAGAUACUGUCUAAAUUCAGCCUCUCACUGCCCUUUUUAGUUUAUGUAUUCAUUUCUUUUGUUUGUUUCUCAAAUUGUUUUAUACUCUGUAUAUUUGUGGAAACCAUGGAUACCUGUUUUAAUACAUCACGUCAGAUGUACAAAGCUAUGCUUAUCAGCUGCUAUUUUAUAUCACUUAUCCCUGCAAACAUUCCUACAUUUUGCCUGUCUUGUUGAGUCUGGACGCCGUACAUGUCAGCAGCGCCCAACGCAGAACACAACCCGACGACACACGCAGGUGGAAUUUAAAUGACCCGAGGUCACGUGGCGUCCUCCGCUGGACUCGAUGGAAACAUUCCUGGACUAUCUGUGGUCAGUGUGAGGGUGUAGCUGCUGGGCUGUGACUCCUGUGCCCUGUCACUCCUCAGGGAGGUGUUUUAUGGCAUGCAGCGGGACAGUUCCCCUGCUUCUACAGUAGCUUCCAGUCCAGGGGCGUGGGGUUGCAUCUUAAGAUGAUUGUUAGAAGAGGCUGAAGUUAAAAACACUACUAUGUAGUGCUGCACCCUUUAACUUUUUUACAAAAUUCUGAGAGGACACUUCCAGUCAUCCAACUAACAUCUUGUGUAAUGUUUGACCAACUCCUUAUCCUGAGGUAUCCUGAGUAUGUAGACUAGAGGUCAUCCUGUACUUUACAUACGAAGGGCAUAUGAGAAUUAAGUCAAUGGCUGAUAAUGGAAUUUUGAUAAAGUAACUUUUACAUUUUAUCCUGUAACACCAUGAUCAGAAGCUACCAAACAGCCACUCUGAGCUUUUACGAAGCUCCUUGUUGUGUCAUAAGCUUGAUAACAUUUCAUGAAUGGUUCGAUCCUAUUUACCAUGGGCUUUGCCACUGACAGACCUUGGAAACGUGUUGUUUUUCACAGUCCGAUUCAAAUUUUACUCACCAGGAAAACUGUUUUUUAUUUUUUUAUAAAUAUAUAUAUCUGGUCUCUUUGAUUUCCCUACCAGGUCGCACUAAGUGUUUUGAACAUUUCAACCUCCCAACUUGUGUUUGUAAAUAUGUUUGCUCUGGGUAGAUCUUUGCUUGAGAAGUCUUAUGUUUCUAAAAAUGAUUGUUAUGUACUAAAAAGGACAAAAAUAAAGUGUACUUCAUUUAGCAUUAUUUUAAGCUGAGGCUGUGACUGAUAUUUUAUUGGUCUUGUGUUAUUAGAACAGUCAUAGAUAUUUUCCAUAAUUAUUAAUUUCAAUACUUGUUUAAAAGUAGUUCAAAAUCAUUGUACAUAAAACUUUUCCACAGUUUUUCCUUUCU